AUGGUCACCGUCACGAAGAUAUGCUGCAUCGGCGCCGGGUACGUGGGGGGGCCCACCAUGGCGAUGAUCGCGCAAAAGUGUCCGGAUAUCGAGGUCACCGUGGUGGACAUCUCGCAACCGCGCAUCGACGCGUGGAACUCGAGUGAGUUACCGAUUUAUGAACCUGGUUUGGAUGAGAUUGUGUUCGCGCGGAGAGGGAAGAAUUUGUUCUUCUCCACGGAUGUGGAGGGGGCGAUUCGUAAGUGCGAGAUGAUCUUCGUGAGCGUGAACACGCCGACGAAGAAAACCGGCCUCGGGAAGGGGAAGGCGGCGGAUUUAACGUACUGGGAACUGGCUGCGAGAACGAUCGCGGCGUGCUCGGAGAGCGAUAAGAUCAUCGUCGAGAAGUCCACGGUGCCGGUGCGCACGGCGGAGGCUAUCGAAAAGGUGCUUCAACGAAACUGCCCGCACGAAGGCGUUCGAUUCGACAUCUUGUCCAACCCGGAAUUCUUGGCGGAGGGGACGGCGAUGACGGAUCUCAACGCUCCCGAUCGCGUUCUGAUCGGAGGUAAGAUCGAGAACCCCGAGGGUCAGGCUGCUGUGGACGCUUUGGUCGAAGUGUACGCGAACUGGGUGCCGCGAGCGCAAAUUCUCACCGCCAACUUGUGGUCGGCUGAGCUCUCCAAGCUCGCGGCGAACGCCUUCCUGGCGCAGCGCAUCUCUUCGAUCAAUGCCAUGAGUGCGUUGUGCGAGGCCACGGGUGCGGACGUCAAGCAAGUGUCCCACGCCAUCGGCACGGAUUCUCGCAUUGGCCCAAAGUUCCUCAACGCCUCUGUCGGUUUCGGCGGUUCGUGCUUCCAAAAGGAUAUUUUGAACUUGGCGUACAUCUGCGAGUGCCACGGUUUGCACGAGGUCGCGAACUACUGGCACAGCGUCGUCGGUAUGAACGACUACCAGAAGAGCCGCUUCGUCAGGCGCAUGAUCUCUGCCAUGUUCAACACCAUCAGUGGCAAGAAGAUUGCCAUGCUCGGUUUCGCGUUCAAGAAGGAUACCGGCGAUACUCGUGAGUCUCCGGCGAUCGAUGUGGGACACGGACUCAUCGAGGACGGUGCCAAGCUCAACAUUUACGAUCCGAAGGUGGCGGCGGAUCAAAUUAAGAUGGAUAUGGGUGACGAAGCGAUGAAGAGAAUCACGUGCUGCACGUCUCACACCGAGGCGUUGACGGGCGCGCACGCUGUGUGCAUCAUGACGGAAUGGGACGAGUUCAAGGAAUACGAUUGGGAAGCGAUUUACGGUGUCAUGGAGAAGCCCGCUUUCGUGUUCGACGGGCGUCUCAUCUUGGACCACCAGAAGUUGAAGGAUAUCGGCUUCAUCGUAUACGCGCUGGGUAAGCCGCUCGAUCCGUUCCUCAAGGGCGCCGAGGGUGUAUGA